AUGACAUCAGAUCAGGAGUCGGCCGACCCGGCUGAGCCUCUGGUGCUGCUAACGCAGGAGACAUGGUCACACCACCUCGGCCCGGAGCGUCAACACCUGGUACAGUACUGUCACUACAGCUCUCUGCUCACACUGGUUUGGGUCUGGUAUAGCAGAUAACAUGAAGGGCCAGGAGUUUUUCUCAGAUAUGUGACCUGACCAGUAAAAAACUAGUACCUAACUAGGACCCAGAGUUUUGGUCAGGAAAACCUACUAGCUCUAAUCAUUAGAUAUACAGUGGGGAAAAAAAGUAUUUAGUCAGCCACCAAUUGUGCAAGUUCUCCUGAGUGGCGCAGUGGUCUAAGGCACUGCAUCGCAGUGCUAAACUGUGCCACUAGAGGAGUCCGGUUCGAAUCCAGGCUCUGUCGCAGCGGGCCCGUUCCUGGGAGACUCAUGGGCGGCGCACCAUUGGGCCCGCGUCGUCCAGGGGUAGGGGAGGGAUGGCCGGCAGGGAUGUAGCUCAGUUGAUAGGCAUUGGCAUUUGCAAUGCCAGGGUUGUUGGUUCGAUUCCCCCGGGGGCCAGUAUAAAAAAUAAAAAAAAUGUAUUCACUAACUGUAAGUCGCUCUGGAUAAGUGCGUCUGCUAAAUGACUAAAAUGUAAAUGUAAUGUAAAUACUUAAAAAGAUGAGAGAGGCCUGUAAUUUUCAUCAUAGGUACACUUCAAAUAUGACAGACAAAAUGAGAAAAAAAAAUCCAGAAAAUCACAUUGUAGGAUUUUUAAUGAAUUUAUUUGCAAAUUAUGGUGGAAAAUAAGUAUUUGGUCAAUAACAAAAGUUUCUCAAUACUUUGUUAUAUACCCUUUGUUGGCAAUGACACAGGUCAAACGUUUUCUGUAAGUCUUCACAAGGUUUUCACACACUGUUGCUGGUAUUUUGGCCCAUUCCUCCAUGCAGAUCUCCUCUAGAGCAGUGAUGUUUUGGGGCUGUCGCUGGGCAACACGGACUUUCAAUUCCCUCCAAAGAUUUUCUAUGGGGUUGAGAUCUGGAGACUGGCUAGGCCACUCCAGGACCUUGAAAUGCUUCUUACGAAGCCACUCAUUCGUUGCCCGGGCGGUGUGUUUGGGAUCAUUGUCAUGCUGAAAGACCCAGCCACGUUUCAUCUUCAAUGCCCUUGCUGAUGGAAGGAGGUUUUCACUCAAAAUUACGAACAGGCCCCCAAAAUUUUUUCCUUUUCAGGAUCAGUCUUUUUUUGUCCCUUUGCAGAAAAAACAGCCCCAAAACAUGUGUUUCCACCCCCGUUUUCACAGUUUUAGGUUGGGUUCUUGGGAUGCAACUCACUUCUUUAAACUUAAUCAUAAUUUUGGAUAUACUAAGCAGGUAAACCACACAUUAGCUAACCAAGAGGGAAUCCUGAUUUUAUAUGUAAACUCUGUUACUAAGGUUAACUCUGCAGCCUCCAAUAGCGGCCAUUGUCCCUAUAGAACUGAAACUUAACUUGUAUGCACUAAAAAAAACACCCUAAAAUAACUAACUUUAUCAGUUAGCUAAGUUAGCUAAAUUGACAUGAAUGCUCCAUAAAGCCAGCUGACUGAUCUUUAAACCCUGUCUGCCAAUGUGGUGGAACAAGCCUCAUACUGGACAGAGUUGAUAGUCAGCUGUCACGGUCUCUCUAGUAAGCUGCAGUCGAUGUCCAGAGCCUGAAUCAGUAGAUUGUUCUGCGUCGCACUAGUUAAGCAUGCACAUUCUUCUCUAUUUAUGUCUAGCUAUUAUUUAUAAUAUAUAUAAUAUAUACACACACUACAUGACCAAAAGUAUGUGGACACCUGCUAUUCGAAACAUCUGAUUCCAUAAUCCCCCCCCCCGCUAUAACAGGCUUUCCACUAGAUGUUGGAACAUUGCUGCUGGGAACUUCAUCCACAAGAGCAUUAGUGAAGUUGGGCAUUGAUGUUGGGCAAAAAGGCCUGGCUCACAGUCGGCGGGCCAAUUCAUCCCAAAGGUGUUUGAGGGGUUAAGGUCAGGGCUCUGUGCAGGCCAGUCAGUUCUUCCACACCGAUCUCGACAGACCAUUUCUGUAUGGACCUCCCCCAAACUGUUGCCACAAGUUGGAAGCACAGAAUUGUCUAGAUGUAAUUGUAUGCUGUAGCGUUAAUAUUUCCCUUUACUGGAACUAAGGGAACUAGCCUGAUCCAUGAAAAACAGCCCCAGACCAUUAUUCCUCCUCCACCAUACUUUACAGUUGGCACUAUGCAUUGGGGCAGGUAGUGUUCUCCUGGCAUCUGCCAAACCCAGAUUCAUCCGUCGGACUGCCAGAUGGUGAAGCGUGAUUCAUCACUCCAGAGAACACAUUUCCACUGCUCCAGAUUCCAAUGGCGACGAGCUUUACACCCCUCCAACCGACGCUUGGCAUUGCGCAUGGUGAUCUUAGGCUUGUGUGCGGCUGCUCGGCCAUGGAACUCAUUUCAUGAAGCUGCUGAUGAACAGUUCUUGUGCUGACAGUUUGGAACUCGGUAGGGAGUGUUGCAACCGAGGAUAGACAAUUUUUACAUGCUACGCGCUUCAGCACUCGGCGUCCCGUUCUGUGAGGUUGUGUGGCCUACCACUUUGUGGCUGAGCCGUUGUUGCUCCUAGACGUUUCCACUUCACAAUAACAGCACUUACAGCUGACGGGGCAGCUCUAGCAGAGCAGAAAUUUGUUGGAAAGGGGCAUCCUAUGACGGUGCCACGUUGAAAGUCACUGAGUUCUUUAGUACAGGCCAUUCUGCUGCCAAUGUUUAUCUAUGGAGAUUGCAUGGCUGUGUGCUCCAUUUUAUACAACCUUUCAGCAAUGAGUGUGGCUGAAACUAUGAAUAUAUAUAUAUAUAUAUAUAUAUAUAUAUAUAUUUACACACACACGUGUCUAUGAAUAGACUAUCUAUACCCAACCAGCUUCCCUGGUGAGCAGCAGCACCCAUCCCUGAGAGGAGUCCAGACAUCACAUGACAUCAGAUCAGGAGUCGGCCGACCCGGCUGAGCCUCUGGUGCUGCUAACGCGGGAGACAUGGUCACACCACCUCGGCCCGGAGCGUCAACACCUGGUACAGUACUGUCACUACAGCUCUCUGCUCACACUGGUUUGGGUCUGGUAUAGCAGAUAACAUGAAGGGCCAGGAGUUUUUCUCAGAUAUGUGACCUGACCAGUAAAAAACUAGUACCUAACUAGGACCCAGAGUUUUGGUCAGGAAAACCUACUAGCUCUAAUCAUUAGAUAUAAGUCCUACACUGUGGAUUGCUUCAAGGAGGAAUGUGCAGUUGUUUGUAACUUGUAACACCCAUAACUAUUUUAUCCCUCCUGCUGCUCAGAGCUUCAGUUAGUAUUUAGCCAUAGAGUCACAGUCUAAGCAUGCCUUCUCUAGUGGCCUUGCAGGGAGAGCUAGAGAGGUUGAGAGAGUGAGUCAGUCAAAUAGGGAAGGGUAAAUGCAAACGAGAAAAACAGAGGUCAAGAGGGGAUAGAGUAAGUAAAGAGGGAGAGAGAAAGGGGGGUGGCUUCCUAUAUGCUCUUGCAUUGGUGCUCGUCUGGCCAUGUGCCAGAGUACUAAUCCUAUUCAAACUAUAACCACACACACACUGGGAGGCUCUUUGAGUGGCAGGGCCAUGUGAGCUCUUUCACGUGCUAUUCUGGGCAGGGGAGGAGUAAAGCGAGAGAGGAGGAGGGGAAAGCGAGAGGAGGGGAAAGCAAGGGUUAGUUUGGGGUCUUUUCUCUUUGUGCGUGAGAAGGGUGAGUUAGAGGAACUGUGUCUGAGUGUUGGUGAAGUGCUGCUUUGCUAUUUUAGAGGCUGGUAGCGUAGUGAAGAUGGGGUGCUGCUGCAGUAAGGAGCUGAGCCCAGGCCUGCUGAGUGAGAGGACCAGGCUGCUUCAGGCAUCAAGCCCAGAGGCGCUGGGGGUCAAGCACCAGGACGGGCUACACACUAAUGCCUUGGCUCAACUUGUGUCUGACCAACUGGCUCAACACACGUGUGUACCGGACGGACCGGCCAAACGGAAGCUUCAGGAACAGGAGAAGAAGAACAAUGUCGUCCCGGACAAAGUGUCGACAGGCCCCAAGGCGAGGCAUAGCGGUGUCAGCGGCAUGCGGAGCGGGGGGCCACUCACUCCGCAACACUCACACGAGGAGGAACUUGCUAUUAUUAACGCCUCCACAGGCCCCAGCAUGGUCACACAGACAAACACGGACACACACACACACAUGGACUCAACGGAGGCAGGCAUGCCACACACACACACUGCCAAGGCCAGCUGUGGGAAUGUUCCAUAUAUGGAGGGGAGCGUGAAGAGCCCAUUAAAACAGAAGAUAGCAGAGAACACCAUGGAUAAUUCCGUUAGACAAAGGAUACAGAGCACCAUGGAGAACCCACCAAAACAGAAGAUGGAGAAGACAAUGGAGAACCUAGCAAGACAGAUAGAGAAGACCAUUCAGAACCCAGCCAGACAGAGGAUAGAGAACACUGUUGAGAACCCAGAAAGACCAAGAAUAGAGAAGAACCAUUGAGAACCCAGAAAGACAGAAAAUAGAGAACACAGUUGAGAGCCCAGUGAGACAGAGGAUAGCGGAGAACGCCCUGCUCAGGUCUACCUGGUUCAGCCAGACCCCGGAGCCCGGCCAGGAAGAGACAGAGGGCUGGGGAACCCCCCUGGUCGGAACAUCCCCAACCCAACAGCUGUAUGACUUCAGAGCUGGGGGGGAUUCCGCCAGUGUAGGGCCAGAGGAAGAUGAGGAGGAAGACUGUGUCAUCAGGGCAACCCUGGGGCGGGGUUUCAGGGCCAGAGCUCAGAGUUUCUACAGCAUCUGUUCCAUCGAUGCUGACGACCUCGUCACUGACCAAUCUCACACAGAGGAAUAUAUAGCCUUUAUCCAAUCACACACAGCGGAACCUACAGCAAUCCAAUCACACAUAGCCAAACCUACAUCCUCUAUUCAAUCACACGUAGCCGAACAUACAACCUCUAUCCAGUCACACGUAGCCGAACCUACAGCUUUCCAAUCAUACACAGCCGAACCUACAGCUAUCCAAUCACAUUCAGAGGAACAUACAGCCUCUAUCCAAUCACACGCAGAAGAACCUAAAGCCAAUGACCAAUCACACAGAGUGGAACCUGCAAAGGCUGACCUAUCGCACAUAACGGAACCCAAGGCUUCUGAACCCCUGGCUUCCGAGCAAUCAAAAACAGUUGAAUUUACAGCCAUCGACCAAUCACAAACAUUGGAACCUAUGGCCUUUGACAAAUCCCAUGGUGAGCCCCCCGAGGUACUUGUUCUGCCGGACCUUCUCUGGAGAAGCUAUGAGGACCCACAGGCUUCACAACAGGACAGCCCCAUCGCCCCCAGAGACGCCAGGACCCCACCACUAACUGGAGACAUUACAGAUCCCGACAUACUUGAGCUGACAUCACGCCAGGAGGAGAGUGUGUGUGUGAAGGACGAGAAUGUGUGUGUUAAGAAGAGAGGUCUUUUGUCCACAGUGAAGACUGUUGAUAGCAGCCAGGAAGGAGAAAACGCAAAGAGGGAUUUGAACCUCCAUGAUACCCAUAACUAUAUUCCCACCCCCACAUACCCCUGCCCACCUAACCUUACCCUUACAGAGGAGCAGCUCACACCCAGCCCCAGCCCUAGCUCUAGUCCUAGCCCCAAAUCCAGCCCCCUGUUUGGGGCAUUGGAUGGGGCCACAUGUGUAGAGGGGAUUGAGGUAUACCAACCUGUCUCAGUGAGUGUGAUCAGUGAGGGGCUGAGAAGAGAGACAGAUAAGGAGGAGGAGGAGACCAUACUCAGCAGCACAUUGGAAACCACACUAACAGAGGUAUCACCAGUCUCCACACUCUCCUCACUAUCCACAGUCUACCCAGUCUACGCAGUGUCUCUACCCAUUGACUUUACUGUCCACUCAUUCAAAUCUGAUCUUAGACCAGUGGAUAUGGAACAUGAAGUUGGAACAAAACCUGAUCAGUAUGAUACUACUUCUGACAGCAACGCCAAGCCUGACCAAAACAUAACACACGUGUAUAUUGAGAGACCUGAUAGGGAUUAUGUAAAACCUACUGGAAAUAACAGAAGCCCUGUUGAUGACUCAGAGCUCACUGAUUGGCCAGUCCAGGCUGAGGUUAUAGUGGGAAGGUCUGCAGCAACAGAGAAGGAGCUGGAAACCAGUGUGGAACAGACACACUGGCAGGAAAUGGCUGCCAUCACCAGUCACCCCACAAGAGAGAGCAGCCAUCCUUCAAAGAAUUGUAGAGAGGACAGAGAGAGCAGCCAUAUUUCUCAGGGUUGUGAGGACAGCGAGAGCGGCCAUCUCUCUGAGGAAAGAGGAGGCUCUACUCCUGCCCCUCAGGACCUGCCUAGCGAGGACACUCACUUAAAGCCCUGCAAAGGUUCUUCAUCCUCCUUGUCCCAUUUCCUCUCUAUAGGUUCAGAAGGGAGAGAUGGGAGGUUGAGUUCAGAGAGAGGAACUGAACCCACUGACUGCAGAAAGCUGUCUGAGAAGAACACAGAGGACGGAACACACACCGAGGACGGAACACACACCGAGGACGGAACACACACCGAGGACGGAACACACACCGAGGACGGAACCCACACCGAGGACGGAACACACACCGAGGACGGAACACACACCGAGGACGGAACCCACACCGAGGACGGAACCCACACCGAGGACGGAUCCCACACCGAGGACGGAACCCACACCGAGGACGGAACACACACCGAGGAAGGAACACACACAGAGGACGGAACACACACCGAGGACGGAACACACACCGAGGACGGAACCCACACCGAGGACGGAACCCACACCGAGGACGGAACCCACACAGAGGACGGAACCCACACCGAGGACGGAACACACACCGAGCAAGGAACACACACCGAGGACGGAACACACACCGAGGACGGAACACACACCGAGGACGGAACCCACACUGACAAAAGGGAAGAGAUACACACUGACAACUGUGAAGAAACAGCUAUAUGGAGUCAUGUUGGGACACAAAAAGACAGGGACGUAAAGAGCACAGACACACACACUGGGAGUAGAAUAUCCCUCCUAGAGGAAUGUGUUGCAACAGACAGCCUCAGUAGUGUGUGUAGUGUAGGAAAACACACUGACAGUAGUUUAGAGACACUCCCUGAGGACACUGAGUGUAGUGACAUAGCAACAACUGACAGUGUGUGUGUCACCCCUGUUUUCCCCCCUGUGACAUUUGGAUUCAGCCCAUUUGAUGAACCCCUGAAGUUCGGUUGCCACGGCGAUGACUGCUCAGAUGUGGACUACCCUGUAGACGAUGCAACGAUGGCAGAUUCCUAUUUGUUGGCGGGAGUGCUGGGGGUGGAGCCUGAUCAGAUUGACGUUUACGCCUCUACCCCCUCUUACCAGAUACAGUUCCUGGAUCAGGGGUCACUGGCUGUCACCACGGAGAUGGGCACUGUAGGGGUGAGAGGACAGGUCGAGGAAGGGGGCAUGAUAGACAUGGUGUCAGAACUGCUGGGAGAGGAAGGGGACCCCACCCUCUCUGGCCUCUACCCCUCUCCCUGGAUGCAGUCAGGGCCAGGGCUGGUAGAGGGAGAGGGCUGUGGAGGAUGGGCCCAGAGGCUGGCACAGGGUAUGGUCCCCAGCCAGGGAGAGGGUGAGGAGGGCUGCGAGGAGGAGCAGCCCCCUAGCUCCAUGGCCCUGCUGGGAGUCUACCCCACCUACAGCACUCUUCUGCCCCAGGACUCUUGUCUCUGGGAAUGGCACCAUCAGUACCAGCCUGUGAGUACUUCAGCGGUGUGUGUGUGUGAACUGUACUGGUGAGCAAACACACAUACAGUGCAUUCGGAAAGUAUUCAGACCCCUUCACUUUUUCCACAUUUUGUUACUUUACAGCCUUAUUCUAAAAUGGAUUAAAUUGUUUUUUUUCCCUCAUCAAUCUACACACAAUAACCCAUAAUGACAAAGCAAAAACAGUUUUUUUGAAAUGUUUGCAAAUGUAUUAAAAACAAAAAACUGAAAUAUCACAUUUACAUAAGUAUUCAGACCCUUUACUCAGUACUUUGUUUAAGCACCUUUGGCAGCGAUUACAGCCUCAAGUCUUCUUGGGUAUGAUGCUACAAGUUUGGCACACCUGUAUUUCGGGAGUUUCUCCCAUUCUUCUCUGCAGAUCCUCUCAAGCUCUGUCAGGUAGGAUGGGGAGCGUCGCUGCACAGCUAUUUUUAGGUCUCUCUAGAGAUGUUCGAUCGGGCUCAAAUCCGGGCUCUGGCUGGGCCACUCAAGAACAUUCAGAGACUUCUCCCGAAGCCACGCUUGUGUUGUCUUGGCUGUGUGCUUAGGGUUGUUGUCUUGUUAGAAGGUGAACCUUGGCCCAAGUCUGAGGUCCUGAGCGCUCUGGAGCAGGUUUUCAUCAAGGUUGUCUCUGUACUUUGCUCCGUUCAUCUUUCCCUCGAUCCUGACUAGUCUCCCAGUCCCUGCCGCUGAAAAACAUCCCCACAGCAUGAUGCUGCCACCACCAUGCUUCACCGUAGGGAUGGUGCCAGGUUUCCUCCAGACGUGACGCUUGGCAUUCAGGCCAAAGAGUUCAAUCUUGGUUUCAUCAGACCAGAGAAUCUUGUUUCUCAUGGUCUGAGAGUCCUUUAGGUGCCUUUUGGCAAACUCCAAGCAGGCUGUCAUGUGCCUUUUACUGAGGAGUGGCUUCCAUCUGGCCACUCUACCAUAAAGGCCUGAUUGGUGGAGUGCUGCAGAGAUGGUUGUCCCUCUGGAAGGUUCUCCCAUCUCCACAGAGGAACUCUGGAGCUCUGUCAGAGUGACCAUUGGGUUCUUGGUCACCUCCCUGACCAAGGACCUUCUCCCCCGAUUGCUCAUUUAGGCCAGGUGGCCAGCUCUAGGAAGAGUCUUGGUGGUUCCAAACUUCUUCAAUUUAAGAAUGAUGGAAGCCACUGUGUACUUGGGGACCUUCAAUGCUGCAGAAAUGUUUUGGUACCCUUCCCCAUAUCUGUGCCUCGACACAAUCCAGUCUCGGAGCUCUACGGACAAUUCUUUCGACCUCAUGGCUUGGUUUUUGCUCUGACAUGCACUGUCAACUGUGGGACCCUACAUAGACAGGUGUGUGCCUUUCCAAAUCAUGUCCAAUCAAUUGAAUUUACCACAGGUGGACUCCAAUCAAGUUGUAGAAACAUCUCAAGGAUGAUCAAUGGAAACAGGAUGCACCUGAGCUCAAUUUCGAGUCUCAUAGCAAAGGGUCUGAAUACUUAUGUAAAUAAGGUAUUUAUAUUUCUUAUUUUAUUUUACAUUUCCUAAAAUCUCUAAAAACCUCUUUUCACUUAGUCAAUAUGGGUUAUUGUGUGUAGAUUGAUGAGGAAAAAAUAAUUUAAUCAAUUUUAGAAUAAGGCUGUAAUGUUUUACAAAAUAUGGAUAAAGGGAAGGGGUCUAAAUACUUUCAGAAUUUUGCUAUUGUCAGUUUGCUAUUGUUUAAAGACACACUGAGGUUGUGUGUGUGUUCUCUUGCAGGAAUCCACCCUGGUCUCUGAGCUCAACCCCAACGCUCAGGUAUGGGCCAAUCACAUGCUUAGCCUGGACCCCUCAGGCCCCAUCUACACUGACUCCCUCCUACCAUGGCUUGGUGUGCACAGUCACCUUGAUAACCAGGAAGGUAAGCAUGUGGAAGUAGAGAGCGUAUGGAACAACGCCUAGCCCUUAAUCCAGAGGUGGAAAGAGCUACUGGGUGUGGAGGCUUUUUCUUUGGCUUAUUUCUGUGUCAAUCUAGUAAAUGGCGCUACCUGAUUGGUCCUCAGGGUAUGAGCAGGGCUAUGACCUGGAGGAAGUGGGUGAGGCUCAGCUGGAACCAAGCGUUGUAGAAUUCCCGACGGUCUCAGCCAAUGGCCUGGUCCAGGACAGCUGUAAAUCAGGUAGUAACGUUACCGGCUGAUGGAGCUUAGAGCAAACAAGACUGUUUAUCAGAUGACGUCUGAUACAAACAUGAUAUGUUAUUGAUGUUGUUAUUGUUGUUUUCAGAGGAGCUCAUCGAUCAGCUGAAGACCUCACUGGAGUCCUGUCUGUCACGGUACGUCUGUGUCACAGGUGGCUGAUGGCACCUUAAAGAGCAACUGCCCCUAAAAAUCAACUUCUCAUUUUGAAAAUGGUCUAUGUGGCAUCGAUAUGAGUCAGAAACAUUUAUUCUAGACUACAAAGUGUAAAUAUGGUCAGUUUGGUCAUAGUCAGUCUCGUCCAACUGAGAUUUGCGAGAUGAUAGGAGAAAAUGGUAUGUUACGGAAUUAAGAGUACCGUAAGAGUGGUCAAUUUGGCUUGACAUUCGAUAUCACUAUGGGGCUAGUUAGGGACCAUCAGUAAAUUUAAACAAUGGAACAAUAUUUUAAAAGGUGAGUAGCUCCAAAUUUCAAUGACUUAAAAACCUCAAACCAACUAUAAAUUGUAGAAAGUCAUAUACAAAUAUUGAAAGCAAUUAACAAGACAACUAAAAGAUGUGCAACAUGAAAAUAUUGUCCCAUUUACAUUGCAUAGUUUGACGGUCCCUAACUAUCCCCAGAGAUAAGCUAUCCAAAGUCAAACCAACUAUGCCAUGGUUGCACACCAAACGGCUGAAGCCAAUUGGCAAAAUGAUUUGGCUAACUCUUCACACCUGCGAACACACACGAGACACCCACAUCAAACCACACCCCGAAACCAACUCACGUUUGAAUUCAGUCAUGGCCGCUAGAAUUUCUUAAUUAACCAAAUCUAAAACGAAGCCAAAUCAGGAAGUGUAGUCGACCUUUAAUUGGGAAGGUCCGGCUCAUAGUAAUGGCUGGAAUGGAAUGGUAUCCAAAACAUGGUUGUGUUGGAUACCAUUCCAUUUACUCCAUUCCAGGCAUUAUUAUAAGACUUCCUCCCCUAACCAGCUUCCUGUGGUCUGUGUGAUUGGGCAGUUAGGGUAGUUUCUGAUUGGGCAGUGAAGGGUAGUUUGUUAUUGGUCGGUAGGCAGUGAGUUUUUUAAAAAACUGAUUGGCUGAUGUCCCCUCAGGGAGAACCUGGCCAACGACCUCUACCUCGUCUCCCAGAUGGACAGCGACCAGUUCAUUCCCAUAGCAACACUAGCCAACCUCGAACACAUCAAGAAGCUCAGCACGGACUUGGAGCUCAUCUCUGACAUCCUCAAGUGUGAGUUAACUUUUUUAGUGUGUGUAUGUAUGUGGGUUAGUUGUUGUAUUGUAUUACAUGAUUGGGUAAGAUGUUUACUUGGAGGGAAGGCUCUGAUCAUGUCCUGUCUCCUGAUUGGAUCGUAGCCUUGCCGCUGGUGGACGUGGCAGAAUGCGGGCAAAAGGUACGGCCCAAUCAGGGUCGCUGUAUCGUCAUCCUCCGAGAGGUUCCGGAGACCACACCCCCAGAG